AUGCCACGCACGCGCCCAGCAACAACGGGCUAUGAAAGGCUCGCACAAGCCGACCAGUUCGGCGACGACUCCGACGACGAAGAUCCCCUCGCCCACAGCUAUGCCUCCCUCCAACCUGCUCAAGCCCCGCGAUAUGCGCCUAUCACACAACCUCGCCCGCACUCGGGCAUGUCGACGCCGAAGCGGAGGAGGUCGUCAUCAUCCGCCAAUCUUCGCGGACGGGGUCGCCGAGCUCGGAGCAACUCAGGGGUCGACCUGAAAGCCAUCAAUGCCCGCCUCGAGCGAUGGGCGGACGAGAUCGCCUCCAAAUUCAAGCGCGGGAAGAACAAAAAGACGGGCGAGGAAGAGAGGCUAGAGAUUCACCACUCGGUAUUCCAAGCCCCUGAGGGUGUCCGCCCCGUCACAGCCGAACAGCUGGCUGUACCAGAACCGGGGUACAUGACAAGGGCGGAAUUCGAAGUCAUUGUGGACAGCGUUAGGGAGGCCAUUCGGAAGGGCGUGCAGCCGCUCAUGAUCUCGCAAGGUAGCUCUGGCAGCUACUUUGCGAGGAAUCCUGACGGCAAGGUUGUGGGAGUGUUCAAGCCCAAGGACGAGGAGCCGUAUGCGGCUGGCAACCCGAAAUGGAACAAGUGGAUUCAUCGAAACCUGUUCCCGUGCUGUUUCGGCAGGGCUUGUCUUAUUCCCAAUCUUUCCUACGUCAGCGAGGCCGCUGCGUACGUCCUCGACGCCCAGCUACGAACUCACAUGGUCCCAUACACCGACGUCGUUUACCUCUCAUCGAAAUCCUUCCACUACCCAUUCUGGGACCGCUACAACUUCUCGAGAAAGAAAAAGACACUGCCCGCCAAACCUGGCAGUUUCCAGGUGUUCCUCAAGGGCUUCAAAGAUGCCAACGUCUUCCUGCGGGAACACCCAUGGCCAGACCAGUACCUAUCUGGCUUCCGGACGAAUGAUCCCCACAGGAAAAAGAAGAAGAGAUGGGUGGAUAACUGCCGUCCGAGGGGGGUGAUGCAAGGCGACGGAGAUAGUGACGAGGAAGGUCAAGGCAGCCCUGCCUCGGCAACACCAAGCCCGGGCAACUUUGUGUGGACGCCGUCACUGAAGCAGUCGUUCCGGGAGGAGCUGGAGAAGCUCGUUAUUUUGGAUUACAUCAUGCGGAAUACUGACAGAGGGUUGGACAAUUGGAUGAUCAAGGUCGAUUGGGAAGCUCAGAAAGCAUCGAUAGUGUCGGACCCAGUCCAGCUCAACACCAACGUGGAAGAACCAGAGGAGCCGGAGGAGGGGCCGAGACCGGUGGAUUUGUCGACCAGAGAACCGCCAAAGACUCGUGCGUCUUGCCCUUACCGAGCAGAGAGGCCCAUGAACGCCUCGGCGCCGGUAUCGAGCACACCGGACCCCAAGAUUUCCAUCGGUGCCAUUGACAAUUCGUUGUCAUGGCCGUGGAAGCACCCGGACGCCUGGAGGAGCUUUCCCUUUGGGUGGCUUUUCUUGCCGGUUGAUCUGAUCGGUAGGCCGUUCAGCCAGAAGACGAGGGAUCACUUCUUGCCGCUGCUCACGUCGACCACAUGGUGGUCGCAGACACAGCUUGCGCUGAGGAGGGUGUUUCAGAUGGACCCGGAUUUCCAGGAAAAGAUGUUUUCGAGGCAGAUUGCGGUUAUGAAGGGGCAGGCGUGGAACGUGGUGGAGACGCUGAAGACGCCGGACCAUGGGCCGUUGGAGCUGACGAGGCGGGCCAAGGUGUGUGUCUGGGAUGAUUUGGUCGACGUGCCGGUGGCGGUUCCUAUGAGGGUUGCCUCUGCCGAGAUGAGGAGACGGGCGGUGGAGGAGUCGGAGCAGGCUGCCAGUGCUGCUGCUGGCCUGACGAGAUCCAACAGCGAUGUUAUUGCCGAGGCGGAGGAGGAGGAGAUGGAUAUUGGGGCCUUUACCGCCGAUUCAGACGCGGCUAGUGCCCCGGCUGCGACGGGGGUGGCGGAGGUGGUGGAUCUGCUUGGGAUGGCGAGUCCGGUGGGAGACCUGCCCAACCCGGGGAGAUUCGAGCUGGCGAUGGGGGAGGAGCCGCUUACGCCUGGGUUGACACCGGGACGGUUUGAAACUCCUGUUUUGGGCGGCAGCAGCGGCAGCAGUAACGGGCCCGUACAGGUGACGAGACCUGCGCUGAAGCAUGCCAGUUACAGCCAGCCGCAGAGGUCGCUGAAUAUGUACUCGCCUGAUCGGGGGUCGAGCUCGAUGGCGGUUCAUCACCAGAGGAGGUUUAGCUUUGCGACGGCGGCGGGGAGGAGGGAGAGCAACAGCAUUGCGGCGCAGCUGUAUGGGACGGGGAGGCUGAGCUGGGAGGGGGGGAGGCAGGGGUUUGUGGGGGAGUGGGAGGAGGAGGAGGAGGAGGAUGCGUUGGAGGGUGGGGAUCUGGGGUUUGCGGCCGCGCAGGGGAUGGAGGGGAACCAGAGGAAGGUGAUUGUGGAGAGGUUGGAGGCUGUGAAGACGAGGAAUCCGGUUUUUACUUGUUGGUGA